AUGGUGAAUUACUGGAAAUUUACGUCUGCUCUACUAGCAGCAACCCUAUCUGUGGUCUCUGGACAACAAUUAUGUAACGGCUACAGCGAGUUUUGCAACAAGUCUUAUGAUGAAUUGACAUACGUCUUGACACACAAUUCAUAUGCCUUUAUGGCAAAUCCUGCUGCCAACCAACAAUGCUCCAUCCAAGCACAGCUCGCUGAUGGUGUGCGUGCUUUGAAAUUAUCAGCCGUCAAGGCACCAGAUGGCUCGGACAAGAUGAACUUGUGCCAUACCUCUUGUACCAUCCUCAACGCAGGUGCUGCAGUGGAUACUUUACGCAAUAUCACAGCUUGGCUCAAGGACAACCCUAACGAGGUGAUCAGCAUCUUUUGGAACUUCCCCAACAAUGACUUUUUCGCACCUGAUUUUGAAGAACCUUACAAACAAAGUGGUCUUAUCGAGUACUCACACGUGCAAAAUGUCAACAACAUGACAUGGCCUACUCUGGGCGAGAUGAUUGCAUCCAACAAACGGGUCGUUAGUUACAUGGAUAUGAAUGCUGACCAAACUAAUUAUCCUUGGAUGCACGCAGAAUUCUCAUACAUGUUUGAAACACCCUACGAAAACAACAAUGCAAGCUCAUUUAGCUGUGUAAUUGACCGCCCUGACGACCCAACAGACCCUGCCUCCAUGAUGUAUGGCAUGAAUCACUUUUUGUAUGGCAACCUUCCAUGGGGUGAAGUGACCAUUCAAAUCCCUCAGAGUGGUUCGGCUGAUACUACCAAUUCGGAAGACUCGCUUAUGAAACAAGCUUCCCAAUGCAGGCAAACCUUUGGCCGCCAACCCAACUUUUUGAUUGUCGACUUUUACAACAAGGGCCAGACACUCCAAAUUGCGGCGGAGCUGAACAAUGUCACUUAUGAUACCUCAAAGGAACUUCAAUGCGAUAAGGAAAGUGCAAAGACCAGCAGCAAUACAGGUGAUACCUCGGAUGUUGCAUCAUCAUUCCAAUCCUUAUCACCAUUAUUGUCGUUCUUGCUAUUCUCACUUGCAAGCAUCGUGCUUGUAUCCGCUUAG